CGAACAGUGAGCGUCACCAUCCUCUUGGCUGUAGAACUUGUUAAGAGUUUCUACGGCCUGUGGUUGUUGUUAGCAGCGGUGCUAACCUCCUAGCAUCCGGCUCUGUGUCCCCCCCCCCCACAGGUGGAGCCGCUGAUUGAAGGCGCGUCAUUUCCGGUCGACGUUCCCCGUCAGAUUCAAACUGUCCGGUAACUCGGGUGGUUUUUCUCAGUUUACACCUGGAACCACGUCACGUUCGUGUUUAAGAGGUGGAGGCUUAGUUUAAGUCGCAGCUUAACUUCAUUACAUGAUGCAUUCACGUGCAUCUGAGACUCUUCUUAAUCUAAAACUGGUUUUAAACUGGUUUUAAGCUGGAUUCUGACUUUUCCCGACGGACGCGAAGGCAGCGGUCGCCAUAGAAACGAGACGCCAAACAUUAGAAGAACCCGGAAGUAGGAUCUUGUGUGUCUCUGUGGUUUCAGUUGUGUUCAGAGUUUGUGUUCAGGGUUUGAUUCUGGAGGCUGGUUCGGUGUCUGUGCAGCAGAAUGCCUCUGCUGGUGUCGGAUCACUCCUGGACUCAGACCGACUCCACUGUUCACAUACACGUUCCUCUGAGAGGAGCCACAGCUGAGAGAGUGGACAUCGUCUCCACAGACCAGUACAUCAAGGUGCAUUUCCCCCCAUAUCUGUUUGAAGCCUUCCUGCUGGAGCCUGUCGACGAUGACAGGAGCACAGCAAAGGUGGGAAACGGAGUCGCAAUCCUCAAUUUGACGAAGAGAGACAAGAAGGUUUGGAAUCACCUGAUGAUCGACACAGAGGAUAAAGCCAAAAAGAAGGAGAUCAGAGAACAAGCUCUGUUGAAAUACCAGGAGAAGCUUUCAGCAGAGUCCAGAUCCCAGAAGGAGAAGAAGCUCGCAGAGAAGAAAUAUGCACUGGAGACGAUGAUGAGGCUCGACAAGGAGGAAAGAGACAGCGUCCAGAAAACGAAGGACGCUGAGCGAGCGAGAACCACGGCAGAGCUGGAAGCAUGGCAGCGGACACAGAAACAACGAGCAGAGGAAGAAGCUGAACUCCGACGUCAGAGAGACGAUCAGAACAACCUGAAAGCGUUGACCGAGAAGACAGGAGCUGAAGGAAAUGUUCAACCCGGUCGGAGUGGCGGAGAAGUGAAGCGUCAGAAGAAACGAGCGGACCUUCCCGCUCCGAGAUGCACGGGAAACAUUCAAGUCACGUUCACCCCGCGAGUUUUUCCAACAGCCCUCAGAGAGUCAAGAGUUGAAGAGGAGGAAGAGUGGCUCAGGAAACAAGCUGAAGCCAGACGUGCAGUGAAUGCAGAUGUUGAAGAGCUUAAAGACCUGAAGGAGGAGGACAGGAACCCCGACUGCUUAAAGGACAAGGGAGAUAAAUAUUUUGCGGCCGGGGACUUCCUGAGUGCAGUCAACGUCUACAACCUGGCCAUCAAGCUCAACAGGCAGAUGCCGGCUCUGUUUUCCAACCGAGCCGCGUGUCAUCUGAAGUUAAGGAAUCUACACAAGGCCAUCGAGGAUUCCUCCCAGGCUCUCGAUCUGUUGACUCCACCGGUCACUGCCAACGCUGCUGCCAGAGCCCGAGCCCACGUCCGCAGAGGAUCAGCUUUCUGUCAGCUCCAGCUCUACACUGAAGGUCUUCAGGAUUACCAAGCCGCUCUGAAGAUCGACCCUCACAACGAAGCUCUGCAGAGAGACACCCAGAGAAUACGAGACGUCAUUCAAGGAACUGAGACUCAGUGAGACACCGAUGAUCUGUGGCUGCUUUUUGUCUGUUGCUAAAUAAAUGAGGUGACUGAUAAAAGAGAACCAAAGGUAUCGAAAGAGUCGAUCCGCACUCACGUCGAGCUCCCGAUUAAUAAUUCAACGAGUCAAACGUUUCAAUCGAUGAGAUUCAAAGGAUUUUUCACCUGCUGCUCAGCAAACAGCACGACGACCACAGGACGAGAAACUCAGAGGAAAGAUGCUCCAGGAAAUCAGAGGCGUUCGUAAAAUGAUAGCAUCAAAAAACAAGGA